AUGGCGAUCCACAAGCUGACCCCCGUCCUCAUGACAGGGAGUCUAUUCCUGGGACUACUACUCGCCAUCGGCCAUCAUCUCUACUACCAUUAUCUAGACGGGAGGGUCAUCAAGAGCCAAAACCAACAGGAGUGGUUUCUCCGUGUCGGCACCGGUAUAGCGUUCCUCGCAAGAGCCCUGUUGUCAGCAGCUGUCGGGUUCGCAUACACGCAAAUACUAUGGCGAACUUUAAGAUCAAAAUCCGUCACUAUCGAGGGGGUCAACUCGCUUUUUGGCGUCUUGCAUAAUGCUUGGGACUUUACUACUUGGGAGCUCUGGACAAUUGCGCCGGCGCUUGCUGUAGUGGCCAUAAUAGCUUGGGCACUCCCAUUAAUUGCAGUUGUUACUCCAGCUACACUUACCGUCCAGGUAUCUGACCAUCCAAAUGUCACAGUUGUCGACGCUCCCAUUCCACUGCUCGACUACGAUAACAUGCUCAACUUUGCCCAAUUCACAGGGGUAGGUGGAGUUGGAUACUACGCUCCCUCGAGCUAUGUCUCACGGGUGCUCUUAUCAGUGGCAUCUCUCGGCUCUGUCCUGACUAUCCCAGCACCCUUUCCCAAUUCGUCAUAUUCCGUCGACUUUUACGGCCCUUCAAUUUCAUGCGGUACACCUCGCAAUACGUCCUUUGCAAAACUUCUGGCUGAAGCUGUUAAGAACGAGACAUGCUGCGGAGAUUCCGCCGGAUACGUAGGGUUUGUUCCAAGUAGUAACACAAUGAACAGCACUGAGGAGGGCUAUGCCUUGGCUGGUUUGCGGGGUGCAAUGAACUACUCUCUCAUCUCGACGGUAUCGUCUAUUGAUCAGACGGCCAACGCCACCAGUUCGGCUAAGCUCUAUGUUGUCGUGCCGGAUAAGCCCGCGUCCAGCAGUUAUAUCAUGGCAAACAAGUCGAUCGAGUGCUCUCUUUAUAAUUCAUCCUAUGCCGUCAACUUCACGUUUGACAACGGCCGGCAGAAUAUUACAUACAAGUCUAAGAGACUGAAGGGAGUGACAUCCAUCGAUGCCGGCCUCAACCAGGAUACAGGCUCCAGUCAGUUCAAUGCUGCUGUUGCUUAUAUCGCGCUCAUGGAUUCCCUGGGUAAACUGCUGCUUGGGAGUCUGGGAAUAUCGCACUACGGUGUUAUGCGUCCAACCCAGACACAGAUCAUGAGCUCUGUUCUCAUGGAUGCCAAAGAGAUGCAAGUUCUUGGUGGCGUAAAUACGGCGACAGACCGCUCAGAAGCACCAGAAUCUGUAAUUGGGAAUAUCUCUAUGGCUGAUGCAUUGGAGCAGCUGUUUACCAAUGCUACGAUAAGCCUCUUCAGUAACUCAAAGUUACUGCAAAACGAUACCACUGCAUCUCAUGGUAACAUCACCUACCUCACCACGCAAAUCGCCUUUUCUUAUGAGCCUCGCAACCUGUUCAUUGCAUAUGGGAUGGGCGUACUGGCUUCUGCGAUUAUUGUCAUCGUCGGACUGCUAUGCAUCAAGUCUGCAUCGGCAUCCUAUGCAACUACUUUCUCAACUAUUCUGCGGACUACAAGGAACCCCGAUAUCGACACUAUCGUCCCUGCAGCAGAAACAUCUGGCGCAGAGCCUUUGUCGAAACAUCUUGGAGAUACUCGUCUGGUAUUGCGAUGUCAGGGACGCAGGCUGGAAGGUAUAGACGAGGAUAUGGUGACUCUCUUUGCUGUAGACUCGAUACCGGAUAACAAGGAUAGGCAGAAAGACUCUGCAGGUGAUUCUUCUCGACAGGGGGAUAGAGGGUAUCAAUACUCGGAUGCAAGUAUUGAACUUUUGAGCAGUGUCGAGCAUUCCGCUACAGAUGCAAGGACUGGAAAUGGUGGUGGCCGGAUGUACCCUCGUGGAAACUGAGUAGCAAGAAUAACAAACCGGGGC